AUGGACCAACUCACUAAUAUGUACAGGAAUGUUGAGGUCCAAUUAGGGCAAAUAGCAAAUGCGGUUAACAAUCGCAACCAAGGGGACUUACCUAGUAAGACGGAGGUGAACCCAAGGGAGCAUGUGAAGGCUAUAACCCUCCAUAGUAGUAAGGAAGUAGGUGGGGCACUAGUAGUUGAAUGUGAGAGAGAAUGUGAAAGAAGAGAGAACAAGCAAUUGAGUGAGUUAGGAGAGGACGACAAGAAAAUCAAAGGGAAAGAAAAGACGGAGGAAAAUGAACCACAAAUGAGAGAUACAACACCAAUUCCUCCACCGUUGCCAUUUCCACACAGAUUGAAACCUUCAAGAAAUGACAAAGAAUUUGAGAAGUUUGUCAACAUUUUCAAACAAUUACAUAUUAACAUUCCUUUUGUUGAUGCUAUUUUGCAGAUUCCUUCAAACGUAAAGUUUCUCAAGGAGAUAAUGACUAAGAAAAGGAAGUUAGUAGAUAGUGAGACAAUUGCAUUAACAAAAGAAUGUAGUGCCAUCAUACAAAAUAAAUUGCUACGAAAGUUGAAAGAUCCAGGGAGUUUCACAGUUCCUUACACUAUUGGUAAUGUAGAAUUCUCUAAAGCACUUUGUGACUUUGGUAUAAGUGUGUCAUUGAUCCCUUUAACUGUGGCUAGACAAUUGGGGUUGAAAGAGUUAAAACGUACUAAGAUUUUCUUACAAUUGGCUGACAGGUCUAUUAGACAUCCAAUGGGCAUAUUGGAGAAUGUGCUCAUUAAAGUGCAGAAAUUCAUUAUUUCUGUUGAUUUUGUUGUUUUAGACAUGGAGGAAGAUGUAAAUGUACCUAUUAUACUUGGUAGACCAUUUUUGGCCACUGCAGGUACAAUAAUAGAUGUCAAACGAGAGAUGAGUCAAGUUAAUCUUGAUGAUGAUUCUCUUGAACUUUGUCUUAAUGGUGUAGGCCUACAAAAGGAACAAGUUGAAGAAAUGACUGAAUUUUUGCAGGCACAAGUUCCUUACAAAAGGAGAAAUGUAUAUGAGGAGUUAGGACUAAGCAAAGGGCUACCUCCACCAUCAUGUGAGCAAGCACCACAGUUUGAGUUUAAGCCACUGCCUAAGCACCUCAAAUAUGCAUUUUUUGGAGAAAAAGAGACAUUGCCGGUAAUUGUCAAUGCAGCACUGGAUGAGGAACAACUAGACAAGCUCUUACGUGUUCUAAGGAGGCAUUUAAAGGCUAUAGGAUGGACGAUUUCUGAUAUCAAGGGAAUUAGUCCAACUAUUUGUAUGCACCGGAUUUUGUUAGAAGAAAAUUCUAAACCGGUGGUUGAAACUCAAAGAAAGUUAAAACCAAAUAUGAAAGAAGUGGUAAGAGUAGAAAUCCUUAAAUGGUUGGAUGCUGGCCAUAAAAUUUCUUCAGAAGGUAUUGAGGUAGAUCAAACCAAGAUAGAGGCUAUUGAGAGAAUGCCUCCACCUAUCAAUGUGAAAGCUGGCAUUCGCAGCUUUCUUGGACACUUGGGAUUGUAUCAGCGAGUUAUUAAGGAUUUCUCCAAGAUUGCUAAACCUUUAUGUGAAUUACUUGCAAAAGAUGUUCCUUUUCACUUUAAUGAUGAGUGUUUACUUGCUUUUAAUAGGAUGAAAAAGGAACUUGUCUCCGCACCCAUAAUAGCAUCACUGGAUUGGAGCUUGCCGUUCGAAUUAAUGUGUGAUGCAAGUGAUUUUUCAGUUGGGGCUGUUCUUGGGCAAAAACAUGAUAAGCGACUUCAUGUCAUUUAUUAUGCAAGUAAAAUAUUAAAUGAAUCCCAAGUCAACUAUGCAACAACAGAGAAGGAGUUGCUAGCAGUGAUAUUUGCAUUGGAUAAGUUUAGAUCGUACUUAGUAGGAUCUAAAGUUAUCAUUUAUACCGACCAUGCAGCACUCAAAUAUUUGUUAAAUAAGAAAGAUGCAAAAUCUCGACUAAUUCGAUGGAUUUUAUUAUUGCAGGAAUUUGAUUUGGAAAUCAAAAAUAAAAAAGCAUACGAGAACUUAGUUGCUGAUCAUCUUUCUAGACUGGAAAACAUGCCUCAAGAAGACCAUUCCUCCAUUAAAGAAAAAUUUUCAGAUGAGAUUUUAAUGGCAAUUUAUAAGUCACCAUGGUAUGCUGAUCUAGUUAACUUUGUAGUUAGCGGAGUGAUACCAAGUGAUUUGAAUUCUCAUCAAAGGAAAAAGUUCUUAAAUGAUACUAAACAUUACUUUUGGGAGGAACCAUUCUUUUACAAACAUGGUGCAGAUGGAGUAAUUAGAUGA